AUGGUGCAGACACAGAACUUGAAACUGGUUGCUAUGGGCAAUCCCCUGCUCGAUAUGCAGAUUCGCGACGGCGAGGAGGUGCUGAGGAAGUACGGCCUCAAGGCCAACGAUGCGGUGCUGGCCUCGCCUGUCCAGCUGAGCAUCUACCAGCACAUCGUGGAGAACUACCAAGUCACCUACGUGGCUGGUGGUGCGGCUCAGAACACGGCGCGCUGUGCCCAAUACGCUCUUCCUGAGGGAUCCACUGCUUAUCUCGGGUGUGUCGGCAAUGACGACCUGGCGAACCAGCUACGUGCCGCCAACGACCGCGAGGGACUGCAGUCGGUGUACCAGGUUAACUCGGAGACAGCCACUGGCUCGUGCGCUGUGGUGAUCACUGGCCACGACCGCUCUUUGUGCACUAACCUGGGCGCUGCGGAGAAGUUCACCAAGGAACACCUCGAGAGUGCCGACGCCAAGGCUGCGAUUCAGGCGGCCCAGUUCUACUACUUGGGUGGCUUUUUCCUGACCCAUGGUGUGGAGAGCGCUCUGUCGCUCGCCCAGCACGCGAAGGAGGCCGGCAAGUUCUUCUCGAUGAACCUGUCUGCACCCUUCAUUCCGCAAUUCUUCAAGGCACAGGUCGAGCAGGUGCUCCCGUACGCUGAGCUCGUAAUUGGCAAUGAGUCCGAGGCGGAAGCGUGGGCAAAGGCCGUGGGUGUGGACACCACUGACCUGAAGGAGAUUGCGCAGAAGAUCGCCGACUCACCCUCGGAGCUCAACAAGCCGCGCACGGUGCUUAUUACCCAUGGCGCCGAGGCAACCAUCCGCGCUGUGCAGGGCGAAAAGGAGGCCUUUGUGCACCCAACCCCGAAGGUGCCGGCGGACCAGAUUGUCGACACAAACGGUGCCGGUGAUGCUUUCGCUGGUGGUGUGCUCGCCGGCCUCAUCCUCGGCAAGCCCAUCGAGCAGGCCAUUGACCUGGGCCACCGCCUGGGCGGCAUGUGCAUUGGACAGGUGGGCCCUGUGCUCAAGUUUCUCUACAUUUAG